CCGUCACAGCUGAGAGGGACGUGUGUGGCGAGUGUCAUGGCUUCGGCGCCUAUUUUCCGCGGAUUUUGCCACUUUUAGGAUAGAUUUGUAACGUUUUCCGCCGUAAUUAAGAGACUCAAGAGACAUAAACAAGAGUAUGCUGCUUUGAGACGUAAACAAACAUGGUGUAGACAGCGACAUUGCUAGAGGGGUAACGGCUACAAAUUCUCUGGUCCCUCCUGCCUAGUGCGUUGAGGAUGUGGGGAGAAUUCCUGAACCCCAGAGAGACCAAGUAGUUGGCUGCAGUUUGGCCUGCUAAGCUCCGCCCACAGGAUGCAGCAGCCACCUGCAGCAAUAAAUGGAGGGGGGCCAGGCCAGCCCCAGUUUUCCCAGGGGGCCCUGGCCAGACCCCCAGCAUGGCCCCAAGCAGGCAAGCCUCCGGGGCCAUUUCCACCCCCAGGUGCCGGGGCCCCAAGACCUGGCCUGCCCACCAUGAAUGGACCACCAAUGGGUUCCAUGAUGAGGCCACCUCAGGGACCCCCGGCACCUCGAGCCUCACUGGUGAAUGGCCAGCCAGCCCCCACAUGGUCCUCCCCUAGACCAGGUGUUCCCCCACAGCCAGGCCCCCCAAGCGGCCCCCCGCCCCUCAAGCCUCCGCCAGCUUCCACCACCACCACCACCUCCCUAAACACCCCUCUCCUCAAUGGGUACCAGCGGCCGCCCAACACGCCAGAGUCGCUCUCUAACCAGUCCUCCCGCCAGCCCUCCCCAUGUCCCCCCCAAGGGCUGAGUGUAAAUGAAGGCCAGAGACAUGAUGUGAGGAGGUCCCCACGAGAGUCCCCUAGGAUGUCCCCAGUGCCCAGUAAAAUGGGGCAACAGGCUACUCCACAGCCUCACCCCAGCUCACAGCCAUCGGCCGCUCCACCACAGCAGCCACAGCAACCACCCUCGCUCAGCAACUCAGUGGGUGGUGAUGCUACCCUCAGCACACCCAAGCCAGCCAGUGUGAGCCACCCUUCACCCACGCCAAACUCAUGGAACACCACCAACACCACCACCACCAACUCUAUCCAGUCCAUUCCUGCUGCCUCAGCUGCCAACUCUGUGCCCUUCUCUGGGGCUCCUCCCUCCUCUGCUGCCCCCCAUAACCCCCCCACCCCCUCCACAGCUGCCCCCAUGACACCCAGCUCACAGGCAGGUCCACCCAGAAUCACCCCCAUGGCUCCCCCCAGACCCCAGCAACCUGCUGGCCCUCCACCUCCUGUUUCCUCCAUAGGCACAACCUCAGCAUUCCCCAGAGGUCUGCCGGCCGGGCCUCAGGGAGUCCCCCCCAGACCUGUGCCCCCUGGUAUGAGUCAGCCCCCAUCAGGCCCCUUUGGCCCCACAGCCCCUUCCCCCAUGGCAGCUAGCAGGCCAACACUUGGGCCUCCCCCAACCUCAGCAAGUGGUAUGUCCCCCAGGCCAGGUCUUCCUCCAACAACUUCCGCCACACUCCCGCCCCCAUCCACUUCAGGUUAUGGUCUGCCUCCCACUUCCACCAUUGGUCCCCCUCCUACUUCUUCUGUUGGUCCUUCACCCGCCUCUCCAUAUGGGCCACCACCCACCUCAUCAGCAGCCGGUCCACCGCCUACAUCAUCCUACAGGCCGCCCCCCACGUCAUCCUAUGGCCAGCCGCCAACGUUGUCAGCUGUUGGUCCACCCCCCACAUCUUCCUAUGGCCCAUCACCCACCUCUCCCUAUGGGCCACCCCCCACCUCAUCUGCAAUGGGUCCACCACCAGCCUCAUCUCAUAGACCACUCCCUCCCACAUCCUAUGGCCAGCCUCCCACCUCAUCCCAUGGUCCACCUCCCACCUCACCGUAUGGGCAGCCCCCCACCUCAUCAUACAGCCAGCCCCCCACUUCAUCUUAUGGCCAGCCCCCCACAUCAACUGCCAUGAGGCCACCCCCCACCUCUCCCUAUGGCCAGCCUUCCCCCCAGGGCGGCUUUCCCCAGCCUUCCCCAGCUGGCGGGUCCAUGCCCCGUUACCCCAGCCAGCAGUUCAGCCAGGGCAGCAUGAACCAGCUGUCCCAACAACUCGGGGGUUUGUCGGUGACCAAGGAUGGCUGGAACAAGUCCUGGGGCACGCACCAAAUAGACCUGCUGCAGCAGAGACAUGUGGUGCCCCCAGGAGGCAUUGUGCCCCCCAAGCCCGUGCUGGCCCAGGAAUACCUCCCCAACUGCUCCCCAGACAUCUUCCGCUGCACACUCACCAAGGUUCCGGAGAACAAGGGUGUCCUGCAGAAGUCAAAGCUGCCCUUCGGCCUCCUCAUCCAUCCCUUCAGAGACCUUGAGCACCUUCCUGUGGUGAGCUGCAACACCAUCGUGCGGUGUCGAUCGUGCCGCACCUACAUCAACCCCUUCGUGGUGUUCAAGGGGGAGCGCCGCUGGGAGUGCAACCUUUGCUUCAGGGUCAAUGAGCUGCCGGAAGAGUUCCAGUACGACCCUGUGAGUCGGACUUACGGCGACCCAUCUCGGCGGCCUGAGGUGCGCGAGGCAACCAUAGAGUUCAUAGCCCCGCAGGAAUACAUGCUGCGGCCACCCCAGCCUGCCUCCUACAUCUGGCUGCUGGACGUGACUCGCCAGGCUGUGGACACAGGCUACCUCAAGGUGGUGUGUGAUACCCUGCUGAACCAGCUGGACAAGAUCCCAGGUGACCGGCGCACAAUGGUUGGCUUCAUCACCUUCUCCAACAGCGUGCAAUUCUACCUCAUGGGGGAAGAACAGAAAAAUGUGCAGAUGUUGGAGGUGGGAGAGGUGGAGGACAUGUUUGUGCCCAACCCAGAGGACCUGCUGGUGAACCUGGAGCAGAGCCGGCCACUGGUGGAGGACUUGCUUACCAUGCUGCCUGAUGCCCAUGCCUCGGCCUGCCACACACAGUCGGCUCUCGGCGCUGCUCUUCAAGCUGCCUACAAACUCCUGAGCCCUGUUGGCGGCCGCAUCACCAUCAUGACCACCACCCUGCCCACAGUGGGUCCCGGCGCCCUCAAGCCCCGUGAGGACCCCAACCAGCGGGCCGGCAAGGACAUCCAGAACAUGGGCCCCGCCACUGACUUCUACAAAAAGCUGGCUCUUGACUGCUCUGGCCAGCAGAUUGCGGUGGAUCUGUUUACCCUCAACUCGCAGUAUGUCGACCUUGCCACCUUAUCAGGGAUCAGCAAGUUCUCUGGCGGCUGCAUCCACCACUUCCCGAAUUUCCACGUGGCACGAAACCCAGCCGGUUAUGGGCCCUUUGUGUCCUGCCUGAAUCGCUACAUCACCAGGAAGAUUGGCUUUGAGGCAGUCCUCAGGAUCAGAGCAACGAGAGGUUUGGCGAUCACAAACUUCCAUGGUAACUUCUUUGUGCGGUCAACGGACUUGCUCUCGCUGCCGAACAUCAACCCCGAUGCUGGGUUCGGCAUGCAGGUCAACAUUGAGGAGCCGCUGCAUAACAUCCGCACAGCUUGCUUCCAGUCGGCCCUCCUCUAUACAUCUAGCAAAGGUGAACGCAGAAUCCGGGUGCACACCCUGUGCCUGCCAGUGAGCCCCAACCAGCAUGAGGUGGUGACUGCUGCAGACCAGGAAGCUGUGGUGGGGCUGCUGGUGAAGAUGGGCGUCGACCGCUGCCUCACCUCUUCCCUCUCUGACGCUCGCGAUGCCCUUGUCAAUGCCACAGUGGAUGCUCUAUCAGCCUACAGGGUGGGCCUGUCCCACCCUGGCCAUGGCACGCUGGAGGCUCCACCAGCCCUGCAACAGCUGCCACUCCUGGUGCUGUCUGUCAUGAAGUCCGUUGCCUUCCGAGGGGGCCUUAGCACCAAGCUGGACGACCGCCUGUUUGCCAUGUGCCAGUUCAAAUCCCUGCCCCUGCGCCAGCUGAUGACCAUGGUGUACCCUGACCUGUACCCGGUGCACCUCCUCUCUGAGAAGGGCGGCCUCAACUUGGAUGACCAGGUAAUUCCUCAGCCUGGCCGCCUACACCUUUCAGCAGAACGCCUGGAGAGGUGUGGAGCGUACCUCAUGGACGCCGGCCACACCAUCUUCAUAUACAUUCGGUGUGGCAUCUCUUCAGUGUGGGUGGAGAACACGCUGGGUGUGCCGAGCUAUGCCGUGAUACCACAGCCUCUAUAUGAAGACCCUCUGCCGCAGCUUGACACCAACGAGUCACAGCUGCUGAGGAACUUUGUCGCUCACCUACAGAGGAGCAAGCCUUAUGCAGCGCCCAUCGUUGUCCUCAAAGAGGACAACCCAGCCAGGAUGCUCUUCAUCCAAUACUUGGUGGAUGACAGGACUGAGGGCUCACACUCCUAUGUGGAAUUCCUACAGUUUUUAAAGACUCAAGUGAAAUAAAUGUGUAAUAUUUUUUUAAUGUUUAGGAAUAGAAAAGUGAAUUUUGUGUGGAAACUAUGGUGAAUGGGUGACCAGAUUUUGGGGAGAAUUGUUUGGUUCCUAAGGUGUCAACCCUGUUUUAUAUUUUAGUCUCCAAGCCAAGGUUUCCUGUGAUCACUAUAUAGGCACACAACUUUUGGUACCAGGGUGUAAGUAGAGCCUGUCAGUGAGAUGGCUUGAUCUGCAAUGUCCUUCUUUCAUACCAGUCUAGCUUUUGUAUAUGAUUUUUUGUUUAUGUAGUAGUUUGUGCUGAGUGAGAAUGGGUGAAAGAGUGUGUGUGAGAGGGAGAAUGAGAAAGAGAUGCUAGUUUGUUGGUAGUGAAAGGCACAUAUUUGCUAUAACUAUUGAGGACACAGUAAUGUCAAACACCCUCUUAUCAUACGAGCUUUUGUCAGAAAUAGUUUGACACUUGGUGUGAGUGUUGGAACGGAGUGAGUGUGCGAGUGAAUGUGUGUCAUCUGGUCACGUUGGAGCUGCUUAGAAGGUAGUGGGGUCAGACCAGGGAGUUGACACGCCAUUCAGAAACAUUGUGAAGGAGGCCUAUACCAGUUUUAAAUGAAAGUUGAAUUUGUUUGAAAUAAAGUAAUUUCUAUUUACAAGUCUUGCUUGUCCACAAAUGCUAUAGAUGAAUUAUACAUUAUAUAAAAGAAAUAUAUAUACAUGCGUUGCUCAAUAAUCUUGUUUAUAUAUGAAAGUGUAUGUUAGGACUUUGCUCUGCUCUCUGUUUGGGACGUGCCUCACCCUGGUGGUCCGAGGCCGUGCAGCAGGGCUCCCGUGUGUCCUGCUGUGCGGCGCAGAGGUGGCAAGGAGCACUCAUGGGGGCCAGCGGGGGUUAACAUUUUCACUUGUUUUGUAACUUUGUGAGGAAAACUUGCCCUGUCCGUGUUAGGUUAAACUACUAUUCCAGUCAAGGUUAUAUAUGAUUGCUUUGUGGUUGUUUGAGAUUCCCAUCAAGGUGGCUGUGGUUUUCUCAGCCAGUGUAAUACUGGGGUGGCAGCAGACUAUACAUAACACACACAAAACACUGUAAGGAUGUAUAUAUGCUGUACAUAAUGCCCCAUUGCUCCAGUGCUGGUGGUAUCGUGUGUCUGAGAUUAUGUGCACAAGUCACAUCUGAAUAUGUGAUGUUUGGUCUGUGCUGAAGGAAGCCCUUAUUUACAGUGGCUUGAAGGGUGUUCUUGUAACUUUUUCUGCCAUGCAACAACAUUGUGCCAAUUAUAAAAUUUACCUCAUGAGGCAUCUAUUUUGGUUAAAACUUGAAGAAAAGAAUACAAUGAACAUCUAAAAGAUCUUUUGUCAAAUAAGAACUUUCAUCAAAUGUAGAUAGAAUGUUUAUCCAUCUUGGUAGUGCAAUCUGAACUUUGGACUAAUGGAGAUUAGGUCAAUAUUAGCAAUUAAAUAAAAUGUUGAUAUAAAUCAUUCAGUAACAAUGUAAGACAGAGGACCUUUUUUUCUCUUUAUAGUGAAGACUAAUUCUAUAGCCUUGGAAAUUGUUAUUCAGGAUUUCUAUAGGCGUAAGCCCUGAUAAACUUGGUAGCUCUUGGAAACUUUGAUGAUAUUUGUGUUAGUCCAAAGUACAUAUUAAGAGGUUUUAUAAACAUGAAUACACAUACUGUUGCUGACUUUACUGUAUUCAGAGAGAAGUUUUAUUCUGUGAAAUGUAUCUUGUCUAGGACUUCAAAUUUAUAAACCAUUUCAAGAGUAAUUUUAUAAUAGGUGAAGUUACUUGCAUAUACAGUGUAUACCUAAAUCUACUGAGUUUAUACCUAUAUUUUAUCCUCACAGAGAGUUGCGUUAUGGGACGGCACAUUCAUGUGUACGUACUUCCAUUCCGUCUCAUUUUGUAUUCCCUUUCAACAUUUGAGCUUAACACAAGCUUUAGUGCCUACUGAAUGCCAUAAAAUGCCAACAGCUCGGAUGAAGACUAGACAAUGUGCUUACUUCAUCACACUCACUGACUUAAGAUGAAUCUGUAAGUGCAUGAUUUCCUCUUGACCAAACUGGCUUUGUCUUAGUGUAUGCCGAGGAACUUUCAUGUCACUGACUCAACUCCACCUGCUGUGUUAAGACGCUGCAGCACCCACCACUUGUUUGCUCAUCACAGAGUUCCUUCAUCCUGUGUGUGACAGUGUAUAAAUUGGUGACUUCACUCCCAAAAUUUUACAUAUUAUUAAAGCAACUUAGGUGUACUUCUGAAAUGGACAGUGAAGAACAAUGCCAAGCUGCAGCAAGUACAAGCAGUGCAGAUUGUACCUGUGAUAAAUUUGAGGCUGAAUAGAUACAGUGAUGAAGGUAACUCCCAGUACCAGAAAACAUGAAUUUGUUUACCACUAAAUAUAUGCAAUGAUUGAAACUAGUCAAGAGGCAUUGUAAAAGAAGUAAUAAUUGAUAAAACUCCAUGACAGCAACAAUCAGCAAGGUGGAUGGUGCAUGGCAGUGUUAAUUAAAAUACCACAGUUUGUAUGUUGAGGCUGUCAGUGUGGGCCAAAGUGGAAGGUGUGGAGCAGGCAGAGGUUAUUUUGGGGGUGAGGAUGGAGCUGAUGAAAACUUGGUAAUGCCUUGAGCUAUCCAGGAAUUUUCAAACCGCAAAAUGUGCAUGCUUGUUAUUAGUACUAUUAUCAUUAUUAUUAUUAUCAUUAUCAUGAUCAUCAUUAUCAUUAACAUGGUAUGGCCAAGCACUGGAGCAUAGGUGGUCACUGUACAUUUCCAAGGUGAGCGAGGGAAGAGCACAAUAAAAUGUUAUGAAUC